GAAAUCUCAAAACCGUCUCUUCAUCCGAGGCAUUCCCACCUCAUAUGCCGCUGUAUUCUAAUAGUCGGGUUUCUACACUUAUAAAGACGCCAACGAGCCCCAUUCACGCCUCUAUCAAUAUUGCCGUUCCUAUAUCCCUUUCCUUCUUAAUUGCUUGCAGCUUGAACACCUUUCACGCAAUAAUGGCUAUCCUCGACGCCAUUGGCGAUUUGCUCGAGGCAUACAGCGUCACCUAUGUGCACCUACUCGUCGGCGGUCUGGUCAUCUAUGGAACCACAUUGAUGCUCUACCGUCUGUUCUUCUCACCCAUCAGCCACCUUCCCGGAAGCAUACUGUCGCGCACAUCAAUGUCGUACAUGCGGGUCAUGACAGUGCUAGGCAAACUGCCAGAUAUGUGCGAGGACGACUACUACAAAUACGGCGACAUCUACGUGGUGGCGCCUGAUAUUGUGACGCUGUCCAACCCGGCCGACUGCCGCACGGUGAUGGGCUCACACGCGUUCGUCAAGGACAAGUUCUACGAGGCGUUCGAGCUGAUCGACGAGACCAUAUUCACAACCAAGGACGCGGAUUUCAACCACAUGCGGCGGCGCCAGAUCGGGCCAGCCUUCACCCAGGGGUCGCUGCAGAGCAUGGAGCCGACGAUCAUGGAGUGCGGCGUGCUGGCAAUCAAGAAAAAGUGGGACAAGCUGAUCGGCGACUACCGCGGGUCGGCGAAAAUCAACUAUAGCCUGGACUUUUCGCUGACCACCUUUGAUGUCAUCAGCGCGCUCGGGUAUGGCCAGCGGUUCCAUGCAUUGGAGAACAACAAAUCGAAGAUUGUUAACUGGGUGGUGUGGUACAACUGGCUUGCAAUCCUCAAGGCAGCCAUUCCGUCCAUCACCGAGUUCCCGCUGAGCCUGAUCAGCCGCCCGUUGCUCAAGAGCCGUAAGGAGUUUGUCGACUUUGGCAAUGCUGCAGCUGAGCACCGGCGCGAGCAAAUCCGCCAGGGACAGAAGGUCCCGAAUGACAUCCUGCAGGCACUUAUCGACGGCGAGGAUCCCGAGUCGAAGGCAAAGAUGACGCCGUCGCAGGUGACUGCGGAAAACAUUGGCAUACUGAUUGGCGGCACAGACACAACCUCGCUGACGAUGACCUGGACCUUGCAUUACCUGAUGCUCUACCCCGAGUGCUACCGCAAGGCUGUGGAGGAGGUGCGGUCGGUGUUUGCGCCCGACCACCUGAUCGGCUACUCCGAGGGCCGCAGUCAGUUACCAUAUGUCGAGGCAUGCAUCUACGAGUCCAUGCGCAUCCGUGCUGUGUCGGGGGUGAUUCUGCCACGAGUGGUGCCUCCUGGCGGAGCGACAUUCCAGGGCCAUUUUAUUCCUGCCGGCAAAACUAUCGGUGUCAAUGUUGCCGGGAUGAACCACCACCAGAGCCUGUGGAAGGACUCGAAGAGGUUCAUGCCGGAGCGCUUUAUCGACAACCCAAAGCUCAAGCAACAGGUCAUGACGUUCAGCACUGGCGUGCGCAUCUGCCCCGGAAGAGCCCUUGCCUGGAUUGAGAUGAUCACGAUCUUUGCCAACCUCCUGAAGGACUAUGACUUUUCGCUUCCGGAGGGAGCGCUGUACGGUCCGGACAAAACCGACAAGAGUGGACUGCCGGUGGUGAUGCCACGCACCCAUGCGCUGACUGUGGGCCCAAAGAACCCAGAACGCGACUGCAAUGUCAUUGUGACCAAGAGGGUGCUGUGAAAGAUCAAGCGAAUAUAUAAUAAAAACAUGUUCGUCAGGACUAUUGCAGUGGUACAUGCACAUGGCACGAUGUAUCG